UUUUUUUUUUUUUAAACUGUUCUAUAUGGCACUACACAAAGGAAUGCAUUUUUACUUAUUGACAUAGCAUUGUUUUGACUGUAAAGGUUUUGUGGGAAGGCCACGAUUGCAACUUAAAGUACCAUCUUUUUACAUUAGCUGUUGAGGUGGGAUUAUUAAAAUCACAAGACAUAGGUCUGAUAAUACAUAUGUAUUGUAUGCACACUUCCAGGUUAAUAUAUUAAUAUAAGGAUGUGAAAAUUGAAUUGUUGUACGGUUAUAUGAAAUAACACUUUUAAUGUUCUUGAUUAAGAAUAAAUGUAUGGUAUCUAUAAAACGUGAAACAGCUGUAUGUUCCAGUAACUUUUGUGAUGAUAAUCUUUAUUCUGAUACUCUUCAAACUGUGUCUUAGCUACUGGUGUAAGAUGCCUACCUUUUGGGUUAAUUAACAAAAUUAUCCAACUAUUUCAGGUUAGUGAAGGCUCUAGCUUAAGAGGAUCACUUUAACUGUACUUAUUUAGGUAUCUUUAUUUCACUAAUGCUGAGGAAUCUGAAAGAAGAUCAAUAAUACAUCAAUGCAAAAUUGCUUUGAGAGAAAGUAGCUUUCCAGGUCAAGCAUUUGUAAGCUUAAAAUUGUAUCAAAUACGGUACUUCUUGCAAACUGUAAUUUGUGUUGUGUAGGCCUUUUGAUUAAGUUUCAGCUGUGUACUGUUUUAUCUUGAUUGUAAAGAAAAAAAGCAAAUUCUUCUGAGAGUGCACUGUAUGCAUGCACACCUUCUUCUACUACGAUGUGACCAUGUUGGUUCUCUAAUCUCCUUUAUGGUAGGCUGUCACACUUUUAUCAAAAAGCUAUUCUACAAUCUGCCUGCUGCUAAAUUUUCUUAAGUGUGUUAUUUAAGAUUAUGUGGAGAAAAAAUGUAUGAGCUUUAUGCUGAGGGGGCAGAAGUAUCAUGGUAUUUAAUCACCGGGUUGCUGUUACUUUUGGUUUUACGCAGAAGGUGCUUGGUUUUGUGAGCUUAGCUGACUGUGUAAGAUGGAUAGAUUUGAUGGGUAAAUAUGAAAGUAGAGCAUCGGUGGAGGUUUUGUUUUUUCCUGUAAUGACCCUCCUUGCACGGUAAAAGUAACAUUAAUGCUAUUAAAAAACAAAUGUAGUGCAAACAGCUUCAGUGUUAGAAAAGCUCUUCUUUUACAGUGGUGGUGAGCUUUUCAGUCCACCUUGAAUGCUUCCUGGAAAUGUUUAAGGAUCAAAUCUGUUGUGAGGCACGAGGAUAAUUCCAUUCAGAAGGAGGACCCCAUAGUAUACACAAGGUUUCAAAUUAUUUUUAAGUGCAAAAAAUCUGAUGGAGCAUAAUGGCUACCUGAGGUAAAAUCUUCACUAAGAUGAAAAAAAUAGUUGCACUACUCAUAGAACUCCUGGCUCUGUGCUGGAUUUUAUCUUUAUUCUCUGUAGCAUAUGAUGAUCUUGCCUAGCAGUGAGAGCCAGGGAGGCUUUUUGUCUGCACAGUGCAGAUGCUGUUAGACACAGGGCCCCUGGCGCUUCUCUCUGCAGUACAUCUGUUCUGCUUUUUGGUGUCAGAAGAUGAUCCUAGCCCCUUUUGGUUCUAUGCUGCUGGCAGGCGAUACAGUGCUUACAAGAUCUAUCACUGUGAAUGGAAUUUGAAGUGUAGCAAUAGACCAGCUGGUGUGAGAGAUUGAUGGUUAUGAUAUCGCCAAUGGACUGAGGAAGUCUUUUUGAGGAAUCUUGAUGUUCCUCCUGGAGAGUGUAGCUGUGGGAAUGACAGUGUGAUCUCCCUGAGUCUGACUGCUCUUUCAGAUUGUAUUGACUUAAACAGCACCAAAGGCUCUGGGCAUCAGUCAAUCCUUGGUCAUAUCCUCGAGGUGAAAGAUUAAAGCAGAUCCUGAAAUCCUGAAUCUACAAGACCAAGUGAAGCAAACCAUUCUCCCAAAUCCUUUAUGCUGGCUAUCAGUGAAUUCUCCCUCCAGUUGGUGGCAGUUGAAGCCAUACCUGGGACCUCGCUGCAAGCUCUCAUCCCUUUUGGAACCACUCUGCAAAGAGCAAGUUCUUUGAAGUGAAAAAGUCAAGGCUGCUGUGACCUUACUGUUCAUAUCCCCUGGGUAGCAGGGACACUUAAAUGAUGCCUUGUGUGAAGACAGACACAGUUAUUUUUUUCUUCAAGAGCGUGACGCAGCAAAACCUAUCACCAAUGGAGUAAGAAGACGGGCAGCACUUGAUAAACACUCAGAUCUCUGACGAGCCCUAUUAUAUUCUCUAACGUAGUAUCCAUUGUUUUGGAUGUGGUAGAGCAAUAAGUCAGCAGUUGUGAAGUUUGGGGAAAAUGGCCUGUGAAUUUAAUCUAAACUUCCUUAAGGAAUUGGAGCGAGAGGUUGUUCUGGAAGUCCUGUACCGUGACCAGAUGGUGAGAAAAACAGAGGAAGAAAGAGUAAGGAAACUGAAAAUGCAGCUGCACCAGCUUCGAUGGAAAGGGGCAAGAAAUGUAAGCCAUGAAUACCGGGAGAGGUCUUGUGCUCGCUGCCAGAAAUCCCUUGGAUUGCUGCUGAACAGAGGUGCGGUGUGCAAUGGGUGCAGUCAUCGAGUGUGCUCUGAAUGCCGUGUCUGCCUGAAUCCCUCCCUUUGGAAAUGUACCGUUUGUUAUGCUCAUGGAGAUGUGAAAGUAAAGGCUGGUGAAUGGUUCUUUGAGGAACGAGCAAAGAGAUAUCCAGAUGAAGGCAGGCAUGAAACAGCUGGUGCAAAGCUCUUGAAAUCUUAUCAGAAACUGAGUAAAAUUUCUGUUGUACCUCCAACUCCACCUCCUUACACUGAAUCCACAGCAGAAAGUAACGCAAAGGAACUUGGACAAUCUAAAAGUUUUAAUAAAUCCGUGGAAAACUUGUUUUUGUCUCUCACAACACACAUAAAGAAAAUCUCAAAGUCCCAGAAUGAUAUGGCUGACAGAAGUCUGCUAACGACAGAUUAUGGACAUAAUGUGGAAAGAAGGAAGCAAAGGAGGAGCCAGUCUGACACUGCCAUCAACAUUACAUGCAGGAAGAAAAGUACACCCAGUCUUCAAGAUCUCUUCUAUGGGGCUCAAAAUGAUAAUGAAAUUCUUACCAAAAGGAAUUGCAAGCAAGGGGAAGACAUAACAACCAGUCCCACAAGUGAUGCCGUUUUCUGUGAUGGCAGGAAACAUGGGAGUUUGUAUAGCCUUAACAGCACUUGCACUGAAUCUGGCAACUUUGGCAAAGUGAGCGUCACAGGAGAAAUAGAGUUUGCCAUAAGAUACAUCUUCAAGGCUUGCAUCUUAGAAAUUUGCAUCAGAGGAUGCAAGAAUCUGGCUUAUGGAGAGGAGAGGAAGAAAAAAUGUAAUCCGUAUGUCAAGGUUUAUUUACUUCCUGAUAAAUCUUCUCGGAGUAAGCGGAAGACAGCUGUCAAAAAGAACACAGUGGAUCCAGACUUUGAUGAGACUUUGAAGUACAAGAUUGAGCGCUCCCAGCUGGGAAGUCGGCAGCUUCAGAUCUCUGUGUGGCAUGCAGGAGCACUCAAGUACAGGGUGUUUUUGGGAGAAGUGGUGAUUCCAUUAGCAGCGUGGAGUUUUGAAGAUAGCUCAAUGGAGUCAUUCAGCUGGUACCAGCUCCAGUCCAAGCAUGAAAAGCCUGAAGAUAAUCUUAUUCAAUACAGUGGAGAACUCCUGGUGUCUGCAAGAUUGUCAGUACCAGCCCAGUAUAAAAAUUUCCAGUUUGAAAGGUGGAUGAUGGAAGGAAAAAAAGACCAAGAAUUUUCCAACUGCCAGCUUCAGGUUAUGAUAUUUGGCGCCAGGAACUUGCCUGUGCUGAGAUCCGCUGGAACGCUGAACUCGUUCGUUAAAGGCUGUCUUAUCCUUUCAGACCAAGCAGAGUUAAAGCAAAAGUCACCUGUGGUGAAGAAAGAAGACUGUCCUCAGUGGAAACACUUGUUUGUCUUUGAUGUUACCCCAGCUCAGCUACAGCAGUCAUGUCUACACUUGACUGUCUGGGACCAGUCAACUUUUGGCUCACAUGAUCAGUUCCUAGGGGGAGCCAAGCUUGGUGCAAAGCAAUUGUUUGGUUUUGCAGACCCCAUUUCUCCAUCAGUGCUUCAGUGGGAAGAAGUGUUCCGCAGGCCAAACACGUGGAUGGACUUUACACUUAUACUGCAUUCAAAUAUGGAAAACUUUAAAUCAUGAAGAUAAUGGCCUGCCUUCCCUUCUCAGUGGGUGAUAGUUGGGAUGGGAGUGGUGCAUACAUUCUAAGCAUGGUGAACACCUACUUCUGUGUUUGGGGAAUUGAGUUGUAAGUUUGAAUGGCUGUGAUACUGAAGGUUUUAUUUCUCAAAAAUCUAAAGCUUUGUUAUCUUAUCAUACACUUAACCUUUAUCUCUAGGUGAAUAUUGUUUCUCAGGAGUAACAAACUGAAAGGCAUUAUGCUGACAAGGCACUAGUAGACAGAUGGUAUGCAGCUUUCUCUUUCUGGAUAUAGAGUUACAGUUGUUCAAACACAGAUAAGGAAUAUUGCAUAGAGAUAAAUGACCAUUUUCUUAUUAAAAAAAAGUUACUAUUAUUUCACUCCAGUUUUCAUGCUUUGUGACCAAAGGAAAGUAAAAACUACCUCAUCUCUUACUGCAAAAUUAUAACAAGCAGUGCUUCAGAACUAUCUCCAGUGCCCAUACUACUGAUCCAAAAACAAUUUGGCCUGCAUGCCUCACAGCUUUCUAAUGUGUGCUGUACUACCCAGUUAGUUAUAAAUUCUCCUUUGCUGGGAGGAGUGUGGCACAUCCAACUAAUAGAAUAAAUACUGUUAGAGGAAGUUCCUUGUUUUUACCAGCAGCUGCUGUGAACUGGUGUUAACAUGUCAGACGGAUCCAUAUGGUGUAUGGCACAGUUCAGCUUAUCACUUAUUCAUGUACAACUAGUGGAAAUGCACGCUUAAAAACCUCAUCUAUACAGCUUUACCUGGUGCUGCUGUUACUUACCUCUCCCUCGGGGCUGAGGUGAAGAUGGUCUCCAUUCAUCAUUACAGCAAAUAUUAUCCCUUCUUGCCAGCUCAGCGGUGUUUAAGGACAUAAUAAA